AUCGAUUAAUUUUUGAGUCAUGAAUGUUUAAUAAAAAAUUUGAACCGCACAUUUCGCAGGGUCUUCUACUACCGAUCAAAUAUUCCUAUUCAGAUAAGUAAAUAAACAAUGAAAAACGAACAAAAAAAUUCUAAAUCCGAAUUUCCCUAUAAAUUCAACAAUUUACUUAGAUCUCUUAGAAAAAAAGGCGACAUGCGCAGUGCAAAAAUCACUUAGAAAUAGUUAAUCCCCAGUCGCCUGAAAAUGUGCUCGAUAAAUUCUCUAAAUCCCGUAUACGGUGCAGCACGUGUGGAGGUUCACGUGCACCACCCGAUCGAGGGUUGUCCUUGAGGAUUGAAUCAAGGGCUUCACCUCGUGGAAUCGUCAAAUGUGGGGAUAUCGACGGAGCAAGGAGAACAGAGCAAAACAGAGGGUAAAAACAGUAGACAUAACCCCAAAGCCACCAGCCAGUUGAUCCCAUCAGGUUAAUUGGAUUGAGGAUGUCAAUUUUUAGGAUUUUAAGAGGAAAUCGACACGUGCGCAGGUGCACCUCGUGGGAGACACUCAAGACUCAGGUGCCGAUCAGGUAUGCAACCACUGCCAAUCCUGAGAAUAAAUUUGGAGGGCUGUGGAGUUUAUCCAGGAGAUGGAGAGUCAGUCUACCUAUUGGGGUUGGGGUGUCACUGAUUGCUGUUCUGCAGUGGAGACACCUCAGGAGAUAUCCUUAUGCUGUUGAUGGGGAUGUGGUCCAGGGACCCAUAAGUGACUUAAUGGUGGAUUGUUACUGCUGCCUUCCCUUGAGGAUCACCAGCCGAGCAUUUGGUUGGUUUGCAAGUGUGGAACUCCCCAAGGGUUUCAGGCCCUUCGUCUUUAAUCUCUAUGCAAGGACUUUUCAUGCAAAUCUACAGGAAAUUGACUCGGACCUUGCGUCCUUCCCAAGUCUCGUGGAUUUCUUCGUGAGAUCGUUGAGAGACGAUGCCAGACCAAUUGCUCAAAACACUGAUAUCGUCUCUCCCUCAGAUGGUAAAGUCCUGCACUUCGGUCCCGUCACUUCCUGUCGUGUGGAGCAGGUCAAAGGCAUGACCUAUGAUCUCAGGCACUUCCUGGGUGAUUCGAGGCCAUCGAAAAUCGGUGGACAAAUUCCAUACAGCAAAGAGGAUAAUGAUCACUAUGUCAAGUCCCUCUUGAAGAAUCCUGCCAACAAACUUUAUCAGUUAACUGUUUAUCUCGCUCCUGGGGAUUAUCAUCGGUUUCACAGUCCCGCCAAUUGGAGGAUCGACCUGAGGAGACAUUUUCAAGGAAAACUACUGAGUGUAAACCCAAAAAUAGCAAGUUGGCUACCAGACUUAUUCUCCUUAAACGAGCGUGUGGUUUACCUUGGGGAGUGGUCAGGUGGUUUCAUGGCGUAUGCAGCUGUUGGUGCUACCAAUGUGGGCUCCAUCCGAGUCUACUGUGAUAAAACCCUAGCAACGAACAAACGAAAGUGGCCAAGAGGAAAAAUCUGGGAGGACGCCAACCUCGACUGUGUCAACGUCAAGAAAGGAGAGCUAUUCGGUGAGUUCAGAAUGGGCUCCACAGUGGUAUUGCUGUUUGAGGCGCCCGAGAAUUUUCAAUUUUCCGUUGAUGUUGGUCAGCCCAUCAAGGUGGGGCAGGGCCUCGCUGAGGGCUUUGUCGAGCCCAGAAGGAGAAGAAAUCAAAUUGAUUUGAGUAAAAGUGUUAAUGAAGCCGUUGAACGUAUCACUCCAGCUGGGAAUUCCAACUGAGGGACUCAUGUUUACAGAUUUUGAUUGAAAAUCUGGUCUCAAGACGUCAAAUCCCUUUUUCAUGACUCCUGGGGCUUUCAUGGCUUCGAUCCAAUGAAAGACUUUUUGUAAAUACUUGGACAAUAGUUUUAUUACAAAGUCUGUAUCAAAUGCUGUAAAUAUACCUUGUUAAUCUUG